GUUUCUAGGGUUAAUAUGAGCACCCUGUUGAUUUAAAAUAAAUAUAUUGUUCUGCUACACUUCAAUUCCCUUUGCAGCUUAUUUCCCAUAAUUUGUCUAUCAUGCAUCAAUCAAUGUUGACAAGUUUGGUUUAAAUAUAGGAUGGGGACAAUUGAAAAAAUAUGAUUAGAUGUUAAUUCUUUCAUCAGAAAUGUUGGAGCAUAUGGAAAGAAGACUGUUCUGUAAUGGAAAACCUAUUAAUUCAGCUGUCGCCAUCAUGAAUGGAGAUUUUCGUUUUGCUGGCGAGGUCAUGGUGAUGUCAUUACUUCAAGGCGGACCAGCUCCAUCUUUUAUAAGUCCAGAUGUUUACAAGUACAUCACCAAACAGGCACUCACAACAGAAGGAAUGCCCGACUCCAAGUACAAAGAAGCUGUUAAAAAGAUAAAGCAAGCUUGUGACGAUGAAAUGUUGAGGGAGAUACUUGUCAGCGAUGAUAUGAUUGAAAUGCUAUCAGAGGCUGGAUACACUGGUGUACCACAUAAAGAGACAGUGCAUACUGUUUCCAAAAUUGCUCAGUCAAUUUGCGUAAUGGGCCACUUUUCAUCAGUUCUUCCUCAAAUUAUGCAAUUGGUUGAAGGCCUCAGCAGUUGUGGUCUUAUAAAUUAUAUGAUAGAAAAUCCAGAGUUGUGGAAGCCAUUGUUCGAUCCUUAUAACGAUUCGUUUAAACUUUCUGCUGAUACUUUCCUCAAUGAAAUUAUUCCAACAUUCAGCAGUUCGCAGAUUCACAAGGAAAAGGAGAUUGACGUGUACAAGAUAUUUUGCGACUAUGUGCAAACCCUAGAUACUGAAGGAGACGUAUCCAUAUCAGCGUUUCUGAAGUGGUUAUCGGGAUGUAAGACUAUUCCAGUUCUGGGUUUUCCAAAAAAAUUUUCCGUAACGUUUGUACAUGAUUGCAAAGAAAAUUGUAAAUGUCGCCCCACAACAUCAACAUGCAAUCUUCUGCUGAGAAUUCCAGUUCAUAUAAGUAACAUUAGCGAGAUGGAGGAAAUGAUGACAUCAGCACUUAAUGACUGCGCUGGUUUUGGAUGUAUCUGAAUCAAUGUCCAUACAAUGGUAGCUUGGGAACAUUUUUAUAUUUAUGUUGUCAUUGAAAUAUUUUUGUUUGUUCCGUUCUAAUUUGCCAGUUUGAAAGAACAUUUCAAGGGACAAGUCUUUAUUGAAAUUUGACUUUUGGUGCAGAAUUUAUAUCAAUAAGAAAGAUGCCUGAUUUUGCUUGCAUCGGUACGCUGCGCAAUAAAAAAAAAUAUAGAAAACAUACAAUCAUCA